AUGUCAGAACUAUCUGGGUCGGCAGAGUUGAACAAAAAGUAUGUUUCCAAGUAUGGGGUCAUUUGUGACAUGGGAGAAGGUUUUGGGAAAUAUACUGUGGCACCAGACGAUGAGAUCAUGCCGCUGAUUGAUGUUGCCAACAUUGCCUGUGGGUUCCACGCUGGGGACUACAACAUCAUGCGCCGAAUGGUCUCGUUGGCAAAGAAACACAACGUCAAGGUCGGCUCACACCCAGGAUUGCCCGACAGAAUGGGGUUUGGUAGACGGAAAUGGGACAUUCCAGCCGACGAGAUCUACAACCUCGUCAUGUACCAGACCGGCGCAUUGAAAGCCUUCCUUGACGCAGAAGGAAUGCCUUUGAGUCACAUCAAGCCACACGGUGAGCUUUACUUCUAUGUCGAGAGGGACAUUGGCGUCAUGAAGGCCGUUUUGAGAGCUGCCAAGGCCUUUGGGGUUCCGGUCAUCAGUGCAAAGAACCACACGUUUGAGACGGUUGCCAAGGAUAUGGGUGUCGACUUGAUCCAGGAGUUCUAUGCCGAUCUUGAUUGGUCGACUGAGGGCCGACUAGUCACAUCCCAGAGCUCACAACCAAAAACCCCGGACAUGAUCUACGAACGUGUUCUGAAGGCCGGGUUGGAGGACAUUGUCAUCUCGAACGAUGGACAGAAUGUGGCCUUAAACUUCAAGGAUGCACCGUUCUUGUUGUGCUUGCAUUCUGACAUGCCAAACUCACUCGAAAACAUAAAGGCGGCCAGAAGGGCGUUUGAGAAACUCAAUGCAUAG